GCGUCUUUUACCAACACACACGUUGGUACGUUGUGUAGUAAUACCCUCGUUCUUCCAUUCUCUCUUUUGGCUUUUAUAUUAAUAAAUUUCAGUUUCACAUCAAACGUGAAAGAGAAAAGACGUGUCAACUUGCACGUAGUUUGAGCCUAUCUUUGAGAGCCCAAAAAUCUUUUUGAGAAUUUUAUAUUCUUCCAUUCAAUUUUGAACUGUUUUGUAUUGAAGAAGUUAUCCAAUUUGGUUUAUUUUUAACAUAUCUACAAGAAUUGAGGUCAACUUGUGAAUCAAGUAUAUUAGUAAGAAAUCCAAGAGACGCCAGUGAGUUUAUUCAACCUUCCCUUUGGGUUGUUAUAAAAUGAAAGUAUAGAGUUGGUGGACAAAUAAAAAAAAGGAGACGUGUGAAAAGCCACAAAGUUUCGUGAGGAAAUACAAAGAAAAAAAACAGCGGAAAGAAAAGCCAGAAAUGCUCUGCAAAUUGUAACAAUAAUAAGCACGAGAUUCACAAAAAUAUCCACCAAAAAUACAAAUUGAAGAAAAAAAAUUAACAACAUCGCCAUUGGGCAGAGAAAAAAACUGUAGCAAAGUGUGGGAGUACGAGAAGUGAAAAAGAAGAAUAAAAAAUGGAUGUCUACAAUGUAUAUUUGGGUGACUGCAUGAGCUACUCCUCAAUGCGGAGUCCAGUCUACAGGGAUUUUGAGAAGUUCCCCUAUGGCACCCUUGAGUCAUCCUUCAAGCCCACCGCGAAUGCAUCCUCAUCUGCCAAUUCCUACUACAAUCAAGGUGGUCACAGCAAGAGUACUGCUGGUGGUAAUAAAGGAGUGGUAGAUAAGGUGCGCAAAGAAUCUUGCCCAUUUUGCAAAGAGCAAAAGAAACGUCCACUAGUUGCUUACAUGCGUAAGCGUGAGAAUCGGCAGCAGAAGGAAUCCAUCUGCGAGGCGGAUGAGCAUGAGGAAUAAAUUCUACAAGAAAAUAUUCCCUCCUUCCUGCCCAAUUCUACAUUUUGUUUGAUACAAAAAUUAUAUUCACUUAAAUUUGGCUCAUUAUACUGUGUAUAAGGGAGAUUUAAUAUUGUGUACGUAUUUACAAACAAAAAAAACACAGAAAAUUAAAAGAAAAAAUAAAACUAAAAUGUAUUUAUAAGAAAAUUAAACAUAAAUUGAUUAUUAAAUUAAAAUAUUAAUGUUAAAUGCAAAUGAGAAAUAAAACUUUAUACUAAAAAAAAAUGUUAUUAACAUCCUAUUGAACUUUCCAGCAAAAUCAAUUGCCUUUGUUAUAAGAAAGACUGAAAGAAUUGAAGAAGAAAACAAGUUGAUUGGAAUUUUGCUAAAAAGAAAAUGUUAAGAACUUGUAAACAAUAAACAUUUAUUAAUUUGUACUUAAUUUGUAUACAAAGUUCAAUAUUAUCUUCAAGAAUUUAAUUAAAUAAAUAAAAAUGGGAUUUCUUAAGAAAAUAAAA